GCACUGCUCCACAAGGCAAAUCCCGCCCGCGUUCACGUGUCAUAGUCACCGAUAGUCCUCACCACUUCGCAUCCACUGUGACCACCAUGCAAUUCGCAGCGUUGGCUCUCGCUCUGUUUUGGGCGACGUCCGUAUCUGCAAGUCCAGCUCGGAUCCCGCAGCCUGUCGCGGCCCAGGAGGUGGUGAGCACACCAUACACUGCAGGCGAUGCUUUCCAUGACUGCCAAGGGAAAGGUCUCGGUGACUUCGUCUGCUGGGCAAACGAAGACGCCCGAUCGUACGGGAAAAUGAGCGCUUCUGAGCUCAAAAAGCUCAGCGAAGUUCCGAUGAGAGAGAUCAUCAAGGGCCCGGCAUUCUGCUGUAAACAUGACCCAUUUUUCAAUCUGGGCUUCGACUACGACUUCCUCGGCCUGAUUGACAUCGAGCAGAGAGUAGCUCUUGGAAAGAAAUGCACCCCGAUCUGGUGGUGGGGCUGAAUGACCAGUGGAUAGUCCUAUUCACGUAUUGUCCAGUGAAAGCCACACGAAGGAGCUAGAAGACUCGUUAAAUAUGGGAUGAAGUAGAAGCUUGAGCAACGUGAGGGAUUCAGGAAGCAAGCGACGCGUGAGAGAGUCACCAUUCCAGCGACGAGGCAAAGAUUUUUAAAACAAAUCUCCUUGUGUAUUGCAUGAUGAGCUAGAACGUCAAGGCUCAUAGGAUCGAAAGAGCAAACAGCUUGCGGGAGAGAUCCUGAAAGCGCUUGCUAUCGUCAUAUAUCGCCCGGCCGUCACAAUAUCUGACGGCGCGGCUAAGUCUAGGAGUAGAACGAGAGGGGAAGAAGAAUCUGUGACUGCGG